AUUGUGAAUAAAUAUUUCUUCAAUGAUGAAGAGAAGUGUGUCAAAGGCGUUUACCAGCUAUGCCUCCAGUCAAGAGGACAGUGAGAAUGAGAGUGAUGAGACUGAGUGUAGUAUAGGAAGCAAUUCUACCGUGGGUACGCAACGCAGCGACACUCCCACGGGUAAGGCCCGCUACAAACGGAAAGGUCGCCGCAGGAGUCGGACGACCAAGGCCAAGCAGAGCAAUGACAAGUCUUUAUACAAAUACUGCUGUAGUGUUAAGGAGGAUCAUGGUAUGCCAUUGUUUGGUGUACAAUUUAACCACCACCUCAAAGAGGGUGAACCAAUGGUAUUUGCCUCGGUGGGCAGCAACCGCGUGAGUAUCUACGAAUGCCCCGAGGGUGGCAGUAUAAGACUGAGACAGUGCUACGCGGAUCCAGACACCGAGGAAAACUUUUACACGUGUGCCUGGACGUACGAUGACUCGGGCAAACCCCUGCUCGCGGUUGCUGGCGCCCGUGGUGUCGUUCGCGUUCUUAGCCCUGUAACCAUGACUUGCAUCAAGCACUACAUUGGUCACGGACAUGCUAUUAACGAGCUCAAAGUACACCCGCGUGAUCCCAAUAUUCUGCUCUCAGCGUCAAAAGAUCAUGCGCUUCGUCUCUGGAAUAUCAAGACUGACGUAUGUAUCGCGAUAUUCGGUGGUGUCGAAGGUCACAGAGACGAGGUCCUCAGUGCUGACUUUGACAUGAAGGGCACACGCAUCAUCUCUUGUGGUAUGGAUCACGCGCUCAAACUCUGGAAUCUCGAUAAAUCUGACAUGCAAGAGGCAAUCAAGCAGUCUUACUUUUGUAAUCCGACCCGCAAUGGCCGACCCUUCGACUCCGUGCUGCAGCACUUCCCUGACUUUACGACCCGUGACGUACAUCGUAACUACGUCGAUUGUGUCAAGUGGUUUGGUGACUUUAUCCUCAGCAAAAGCUGUGAGAACUGUAUCGUCUGCUGGAAACCCGGGCGUUUGGAAAAUACGCAGUUACGAAACAACGAGACCAGUGCUACAGUACUACACCGCUUCGAAUUUAAAGAAUGCGACAUCUGGUUCAUACGAUUUUCAAUGGAUUUUUGGCAAAAAACAAUGGCCCUUGGCAAUCAGGUAGGCCGCACUUACGUCUGGGAUUUAGACGUAGCCGAACCUGGACAGGCAAGGUGUUUCUCUCUCCAGCAUCCGCGCUGCAAUGCACCGAUUCGACAGACUAGUUUGAGUCGUGAUGGCUCGGUACUCCUAUGCGUUUGCGACGAUGCUACUAUUUGGAGAUGGAACCGCGAUGGCCACUGACGUUUUUCCAAAACUCAAUCUAGGUGUUUAAGUGAUAGCGAGAGUGAUUUGGAUGUUUAGUUCUAAUUUUUUUUUAUCUCAAACAAACAAUUUUUUACCGAACAAUAAAUUAGAGAAACCAGAAAAGGUUAUUCGCUAUGUGUAAACGGUUCUUACCGUGAAAUUGUAAAAAAAACUGAAGACAUCGAUAACUUCAUCGAAAGCGUCGAAAAUGUAGAAAAAAAUAAACUAAUUUAUAAUUUACUAAUAUCUGUUAAGUUUUGCUUAAGCGUUACAAGCUGUAGCCUCAAGUACAUUUCUAUCUAUUGUCGAGUAAUGCAGUUUUAUUCUUUCAAACCAAAUUUGAUAGAUUUAGCUAUAGUUUUUACAUAAAUUAUUACUAUUUUGUGGUAGUACCCAGUUGUCCAGCAAACACUAUACUUAAACAGCUCUCAUGCUCUUCAUCCGCAAGUUAUUCAUUACAACCUUUACUAUUAUAUUUUAGUGCUUUGCAAAAGCAUUAAGACAAUUGACACAAUUGUAAAUUGGUCCUCAGAAAAUGAUUUAUCACCGAAAGUAAAGAAAUGUAAAAUCUAUUCAUUUAGUAAUCAGAACAAUUCUUAUGAUUUUUCAAUUAAAAAAUUUGUGACUAUUAUGUUACUAGCAUUAAAGACUUAAAUUGGAGUAACUUGAGCACUCUUUGUAUGAUAUACAUGUUCAAUAUACAGUUUCUA